AAUCUCUGAAACUAAUAUGUCUCUGCCUCGUGGCUAAAUCUCAAAACGCCCAGAGAUGAUGCACAGCUUCCAGCCAUAUGCCGCAGCCUCGGCUCGCUUCCGCAACUUUUCGACCCCAUUUUCCCUCAGCAAGAAGAUCCCGUGGUGGUACCAGAUCCUCGACCCAGGAUCCGAACGCGUGACCCAAUGGAACCACAUCUUCUUUGUCAUAUGCAUCGUCGGCCUCUUCCUCGACCCCCUCUAUUUCUUCUUGCCCACCACGGCCAGCGACCAAGUUGCUUGCAUGCAGAUCGACAUGGGCCUUGGCAUCUUGGUCACCUUUCUCCGUACGGUUGCCGACUUCUUCUACAUUAUCCAUAUCCUAAUCAAGUUUCGAAUUGCUUAUAUCGAUCCAGGUUCUAGGGUUUUUGGGCGGGGCCAGCUCGUUAAGGACCCCAGGGCUAUCGCCAUCCGCUACCUCAAGGGCGACUUCUCUAUCGAUCUUGCCGCCUCCCUACCACUCCCACAGAUUGUGAUUUGGUUUGUCAUUCCAGCAGUGAAAAACCGAACAGCUGCUCAUGCUAAUCAUACCCUUUCUUUAAUUGUGCUCAUUCAAUAUAUUCCUCGAUUUAUUCAACUUUUCCCUCUCAACCGACGAAUUACUAAAUCGACCGGCGUUGUAGCCAAGACUGCUUGGUCAGGGGCAGCUUACAAUCUCAUUCUGUUUUGUCUAAUUGCACAUAUUGUUGGAGCUUCAUGGUAUGUGCUGUCCAUUAGACGGCAGUACGAAUGCUGGACGGGAGAAUGUAAAAAGGAGGUGAAUAAAACACAUUCUCCAUCCUGUAAAAUUUCGUUUCUUGAUUGUGGCAGUGCCGAUAACCCCGAACGAAAACUUUGGCUGCAAAUCACAAAAGUUCAGACUAGUUGUGAUGCAGCUGGUAAGGACGAAUUUGAGUUUGGAAUGUUUGCGGAGGCUUUCACUAAUGAGGUUGCUUCUGCAUACAUCAUUGAAAAAUAUUUCUACUGCCUUUGGUGGGGUAUGAGAAAUUUAUGUUCAUACGGACAAGAUAUUAAGACAAGCACUUUUAUCAGUGAAACCUCAUUUUGCAUUCUCAUUGCCGUUCUUGGUCUAGUUCUCUUCUCACAUCUCAUGAGCCAGAUGCAGACCUACCUGCAAUCUGCAACGAUUAGACUUGAAGAAUGGCGGGUAAAAAGGAGAGACACAGAGGAGUGGAUGAGGCACCGUCAGCUCCCUGCGGAACUGCAAGAGCGUGUUCGUCGGUUUGUUCAAUAUAAGUGGAUUGCCACAAGAGGUGUAGAUGAGAAAAACAUUUUGCAAUCCUUGCCUGCGGAUCUCCGCCGCCAGAUCCAAAGGCAUUUAUGCCUUGCCCUUGUUCGCCGUGUACCCUUUUUCGCACAAAUGGACGAUCAGCUUCUAGACGCCAUAUGUGAACGUCUCGAGUCAUCCUUGAAUACCAGGAACACUUACAUCAUCAGGGAAGGUGAUCCUGUGAAUGAGAUGCUUUUCAUCAUCAGAGGGCAACUUGAGAGCUCCACAACUGAUGGUGGAAGGACAGGGUUCUACAACUCAACUACCCUCAGGGCGGGCGAUUUCUGCGGCGAAGAGUUGCUCACAUGGGCCUUGAUGCCUACAUCAAGCCUCAACCUUCCAUGCUCGACGCGUACGGUGAGGUCCCUAACCGAAGUUGAGGCAUUUGCUCUGAGAGCUGAAGACCUCAAGUUCGUUGCCACUCAAUUCAAGCGCCUUCACAGCAAAAGACUGCAGCAUGCUUUUCGGUACUAUUCACACCAGUGGAGAACUUGGGGGGCUUGCUUUAUACAAGUUGCUUGGAGGAGGUUUAGGAAGAGAAAGUUGGCAAUGGAGUUGGCAAUAGAGGAGGAGUACUAUUACGCACAUGUUUUGGAGCAAGAAGAGCUUGGCAAUGGCAAUGAAUCUAGAGUAGGAACUAGUAGAGAUUAUGAUGGUAUAGGAGGUGCCGAGAGGUCAUCGUCCGAGGCGAAUAGGCAGCAGAAUAUUCCCCUUGGGCCGGCGAUAUUGGCUUCCAAAUUUGCUGCAACCACCAGAAGAGGGAUUCAGAAGGUGGCAUCAGUUAUUCAACAUGAUGAAACCAGCUCUAGUAUGCCCAAAAAACUGUUCAAGCCAGAUGAACCUGAUUUUUCAGCAGAUUAGUUGAGUAUAUAAUAAUCAGAAUCCUUUGAUUUUUGCCACAAUACAUACC